AUGAACGAACGCCGCAAGAACCCCAACCCGACAGGUGACGCCGGGCAGUCGGUGAGCGCUGGGUCGCAGAGCGGACAGCACGAGUCAACUUUUCGGGUUAUUCAGGACGCUUCUGGAAACCGCAUGGUUACAAUACCGUUAGAGAUUUCAGAGAUCCUUAACUCUUUCGGGUUGACCACGAAUGACAUUCUCACGUUGCCGGCGGUGCAGGGUGAGAUCGGCCAAAUGCCAGUCUCUGUGCGGCAUUGGCAAAGCGGUCGCGAGGUGAAGCCUCCAUUGGUUUGGAACACUUACCCCGGGAAAUACGUGUUCAAAUACACACUGGAGAACAUAGGGCAAGUACCCCAACUUUUGGACCUGUUCAAGCAGAUUCGGGAGCCCAGUGACACCUUCCAGGGCGUGAGGCUCAAGGCUGACGAUUCGUCUUCCCUUCUCCGGUUGUAUAGACUGAAAGACCUGCCAGGAGCAGCUGAAAUGACCGAUAAAGUUCCCGAACCGUCUCCUGCUACACCGGAGGUGAACCAGCAGAGGUCCGGUGAAAGACAAAUUGCUGAACCUCAGUCACGGGGCAGCGAUCAAGAAAAUGUUGCACCUCCCAGCAAGCGCCAGAAGAGGAAUCGCUGCGUAGGAUGCGGCUCUGACAAUCACCAUCUCGGGAAUUGCUUGAAGGCUGGUGAUGAUGGACUGAUGAAGGGUUGCCCUUACUGCAAAACCCUCAGCCAUAACGCCAGCAACUGUCAAGACGUCAGGACAGACGAUGAGAGGUUCAACUGGUUUGUCAGGAAGCGAGGAUGUAUGCCAAGCUUCUUAGACUUCAACACCUGGUUCCCUCUGGUGUCUUUUCAGCGCAGCGCCACAGUGCAGAACCGUUUGCCGUGGACGGCUGAGUUCACAAAGUUCAAUGCUGAUGACAUAGAUCGAAUCCAGAAUGCCUUUGACAACCCAGGUCCUGGUAGAGAGUAUGAACUCCCAAAGGAUCCAAGACUGUGGGACUGGGAGGCGGUUGAGGUGUACCAUCAACACCGUGCGAAGAAAGAUCAGAAGGCUCUAGACCCUGCAAAAGAGACCGUCAUCCAUGAUGGUAUUGUCAUGAACAGGAAGCGAGCGGAAAUGAUCCUGGCUGGGGACUCUUAG